AUGGAAAUCUGUCUGACUUUUAUUCUUCUCUCAUCCACACUCACACUCACAGCAGCUGACAGUGUGAGGUUGGUGAAUGGUGGAAGUCGCUGUGCUGGGAGAGUGGAGAUUCUUCAUGAUGGUCAGUGGGGAACAGUGUGUGAUGAUAACUGGGAUGAGGUCGAUGCUGCAGUGGUGUGUAGAGAGCUGCGCUGUGGGGAGGCUGUAAAUGCACUGGUUUCUGCUCACUUUGGACCAGGAUCAGGACCAAUCUGGAUGUAUGAUUUGGCCUGUAGAGGAUCAGAGUCGACACUGAAGAAGUGUGGGUCAUUAAAUAGGGUGACUAGCUGUAGUCACUAUGAAGAUGCUGGAGUCAUCUGCUCAGGUCAGAUUUUGAGACUCACUGCUGGUCCUCACCAGUGCUCUGGGAGAGUGGAGGUGUUUCAUGGAGGUUCCUGGUCCACAGUGUGUGAUGCUGACUUUGACCAGAAGGAUGCAGAGGUUGUGUGUCGAGAGCUGGGCUGUGGGAUUCCUGUGGAGGUUCUGGGAUCAGCUGCUUUUGGACGAGGGGAGGGUCAGGUGUGGACAGAGGAGCUUCAGUGUAGAGGAACUGAAUCUGACAUUACCUUCUGUCCAACAUCAUCUUCACUCAAACACUCACACUGUUCCCAUGACAACGAUGUGGGAUUAAUAUGUUCUUGUCACACAGAGGCGCGGCUGGUGAACGGACCGGACUCCUGUUCUGGUCGAGUGGAGCUCCAGUACCUCGGUGAGUGGGGCACAGUUUGUGCUGUAGGCUGGGAUAUGAGAGCUGCAGAUGUUCUGUGUGCACAGCUGGAUUGUGGGAGUGCUGUGGCUGUGGUGGAGGUGGACUGGUUUGGGGAGGGGAGUGGCCACAUCUGGGCUGAUGUGUUUGAUUGUCAGGGGAAGGAGACACACCUAUCACGAUGUGGUGUCUCAUCAUGGAGUCGAGCUGCAUGCUCUCAUAAACACGACGCUGGAGUCAUCUGUAAUGGAUCAUCCAUGGUGUUUCAUGAGGGGCGAGUGCGGUUGUCUGGAGGGAGAGAGUGUCAGGGGGAGGUGGAGAUUUAUUUCAGGCAGGACUGGAGGAGAGUUCUCCUGGACUCGUGGAGUCUGUCUGAGGCGUCUGUGCUCUGCAGACAGCUGGGCUGUGGCUCUGUGCUGAACUACCGCUCCUCUCCAUCCACCACUGAACACAAACACAUGUGUGUAACGGGUUUCAGCUGCUCUGGGAGUGAAGAUCAUCUGGGGAACUGCAGCAGUGCACAAGCUGAACCUGUCAACUGCAGCUCUGGGGAACAGCUCUACAUCACCUGCUCAGGUAUCUAUAAGCCCUCCCAAAGCUCCAUCAGGUUGGUUGGUUCUGGGGGAGACUGUGCAGGAAGGCUGGAGGUUUUCCACAGCGGCUCGUGGGGGACAGUGUGUGAUGACUCGUGGGAUAUUGAGGAUGCCCAGGUGGUGUGCAGACAGCUGCAGUGUGGAGUGGCCCUCAGUACCCACAUACCAGCCUGGUUUGGUCCUAGAACUGGGUCCAUAUGGCUGAAUGAGGUGGAGUGUGAGGGGAACGAGACAUCCCUGUGGAACUGCAGAUUUCAGCUGUGUGAAGAGGGUGAAUGUGGACACCAUGAGGACGUAGGAGUCGUCUGCUCAGAGUUUAAAGAGAUCCGACUCUCAGAGGGCUGUGAGGGGAAUCUGGAAGUGUUCUACAAUGGAACCUGGGGUAAUGUGUGUCACAAUCAGAUGGAUGAUGAGACGGUAAACAUGGUGUGUCGAGAGCUGAACUGUGGAAGACGAGGCAGUCUGUCAAACACUGAAGCACGAGUAAAAUCUGCUCCUAAUUGGCUGGAUGAACUGAAAUGUAGGAAACACGACUCUAAUCUGUGGCAGUGUCCAUCUUCACCCUGGGGACAGAACAGAUGUGAUAAUCAUGAUGAAGUGGCUCGUAUUACCUGCACAGAAGAUGAAACGUCUCUACAGAUACAAGAAAAGUGCUCUUCAAUCCCCCCUCAGAAACACUGCUCAAAGCACUGGUCUCUCAGGCUGAGUGGAGGAAAGGGAAGCUGCUCUGGGAGGUUGGAGGUGUAUCAUAACUCUACGUGGGGCUCCGUUUGUGAUGAUCGGUGGAACAUCAGGAACGCUCAGGUGGUGUGCAGACAGCUGGGCUGUGGGUCGGCGCUGAGUGCUGAUAGGAAUGUUUGGUUGGGUUCUGGUGAAGGGACUAUCUGGAUGAACAGAGUGAAGUUUCGAGGGGAUGAGAUUCACCUGUGGGACUGUCAUCAUUCCCUGAAGAACCACACUGACUGCUCUCAUGCUGGAGUCUCCUGUGCAGACAUAUCCACCAUGUCCACUGCUACACCCACCACCACCACCACCACCACCACC